UUGAGGUUUGCAAUGGGGACAAUAGUGCUUGUUCUUUGUGUUUUUGUUGGACAAUUUAUUGCUGUUCAAUCAGUAAUAAAAGAGCAGAAUGCCAUGUUUUCCCAGGAGUUUCUUGGAUUUAUUGAAAAUGAAGCCGUCUUCAGCUCUUGGCAAACUCGGACCCCUGACUUUCACAUACUUGCUGGGUUACCUCCCAUCACGAAUGUUCCCAAAAUAGAGGUGUUUUGCGAUGAAUUCACACUAACUCUUCUGGUGGACAAGAGCUCAUUCGGGGUCCUACUGACUGGAGAGGAGAUGCAGUUGGGUGAUAGCUGCUACAGCAACAGAGAGCUACCAAACCAAUUUGUCUUCACUUACAGCUUAGAUGAGUGUGGAACUGAGCAUGUGAUGCAGAAUGGCCUGGAUAUGUUCACCAACUCUCUCUACUUGAAUCUCAAAUCUCCCCCUACCUGGUGGCAAAUACCUUCCACAGUGCACAUCUCCUGUAUCCCAAAGAGGUCAUAUGAUGAUGAUCCAAACUUAUCUGUCUUAAUGGCACUUCGGGAUAAUGGCAAGACCUUUAACAUCCGAACCAUGAAUCCAUCCUGGACCAGCACUGCAGAGUCUAAUAUCUACAAAAGAGGCCAGGUUGUUAACCUCCAGGUUUCUGCCAUAACAAGCCCUAAAGAGCAGCUUUUCAUCCAGUCCUGUUAUGUUUCUAUGUCUCCUGAGCCUCGGACUAGACCCAGGCAUGCAGUCAUUCUGAAUAAAGGGUGCACAGUCCCAUUCAGUUCUCAUGCUGUUGUACAAUUCGUGGCCUCCAACAGAGCAGAUGUGGUUAAUUUUGUUCUGAACACAUCUUGUCUUAAUUCUGAGAUAUACAUCCACUGUAGUGUCCUCGUCUCAGACCAGAGCGUCACGUUUGGCUCUAAAUCCUGCAACUAUAAUGCGAUCCAGUCAAGAUGGGAUGACUUAAGUGGAACUGAAGAGGUGUGUGACUGCUGUAGCUCAAAGUGUAAAGGCCUGUCAGUUAAGCACCUUUCUGAAGAUGCCAAGGCUAUCGUCAGCACUGGCCCCUUGGUCAUUGUGGAUAAAGAUGUAAAGUGCCCUGAGCCUCCUGUAUCUGGACCACAAACUUCCAGUGCUCUUGAGUUAAUGCAGUCUGACGGUGCAGCGACUGAAGAAGAAAUUGUUUCUGGUACUUUAUCAAAGCUCUCCCCUCCCCCUGAGGGUGUAGUGGUCGCGAGAGAGGACCCAGUUGCCAGACUCACCCUUUGGCUACCUGGACAGGUGCAAGAUGCUGAACACAGUGAGUCUGAAGACUACUUGAAAGCUCAGUUACAGGCUAGCAACACAGUAUCAAAUGACCUUCCUGAGCUGCAACCUUCAACUGCAGAUUUGAAUAACAAGAUGGGAGAUCAAAGUGCGAAUGAACUAAGUGACGCUCAUAUGUUUUUGAACUUGCUUACACUGACUGGAUCUGUAAUUCCUCAUCUGGAAAAAGUAGCUAUUGAAGAGGAAUCCCAAAGAAAACUGUGGUUUGGAAGAUCAGGGAUUUCUCGCACAAAGGCUCUACAAGAAGUUGACACCAUUCUGCCAACUGAGAUGACUGUAAAUGUCCAAAACCAGAAUGAGUUUAACCAAAUGACAGAGGAGGCAGCUCCAAGGCCCCAAGAAGAAACAAUUGAUGCCCAACCAAUCAUUCGCUCAAAACUCCAGUUUUCCAAAAGCUCGGAUGGGUCACAGACACUGAGUUAUGAAGAGCAACAAGGGGGAAAAAGUGUGGUCAGAUGUGGGAUGGAUGGAAUUAAAAGGCAACAGGAGCCCAGACAAAGAGGGUUGUUCUCAGCUUUCCUGGAUUUGUUGAGGCGCAUGGAUAAAGUGGAAUAAUUUUUUCUUUUAUAAGAAUAUUUCAUAACUGCAACUGAAUAAACAUCUUGAUCAUUGA